GUCAUAUAACUUUACAACGUUGUGAACUGACAGUUCACGUGCUAUUACAACGAUUAAGUUUCAUUAUUUAGCGAUCAACAUCGGAAAGGAUUUAAACUAUCAAAAAUCACAGAUGGCAGUCUUGCACUUCUUGGGAAUGAAAGCAGCCGUCUCCAUUUGUGUAAUUGGAGCAUCAAUUUCGUAUCACCACGGAUUUACAUAUAAAACAGAAUUUACCAUAUUAUACGUUGAAGCAAUUAUCAUUAUUCUUACAUUAACGGCUAACACGAGUGAUAACAUUGUACAAGUGAUUGUGGCUGUCGUUUUGUUAUGCAUGCUACCAAGUUCAGUCUCUGAAAAUGAAUUUCAAAGAAACACACAUUUUUAUGAGGAAAACGUUUGGCCAUAUUUUCAAUACAAAAUUACUCUUAUAUGGUGUUUCAAAGAAUGUGUAAUUUUUAUUAACUUUAUGGUCAGACUUUUUGCGAUUUUUAAAGUUCGACCAGUGGACUUUUUAUGUUUCUUGGUAUACCUGGUAACACAGGCAAUCAUUGUUCUGUACAUUUUGCUAACUGUUGCGACGGUCAUAUAUUCAGGUCUAUAUAUCACCUUCUUUGAAAACUUCUUCUACUCUUUUGAUGAAAACACCACAGCCAACUAUGCUGAAGGUUUCUUUUAUCCAAAAGUUCUGAACAACACACUCUAUUUUAAUCCAGUUGUGCACGAGCUAUUGUACUAUCAAAAUACAGAAGGUAAAUAUGUUCUCCUACAAGAUAAAAUUCACAAAAGGGUUCAAGAGCCUAAACUUCCAUAUUUUCAUUAUUCAAUUAAAAGAUAUUUAGGAGAAGAUGUAGACUUGUUGUGCGGCUACCGGUUUAUAAAAGGUAAAAAAGCUAAACAUCGUAGAACAGUGUGGUCUCUCAACGGAACGAGUAUACAAAGUCUGUCGAAUCGACAUUCAGCCAACGAAACCAUAAGUCAAUGUGAUGAUUCAUACAUGAAUAUUCAAUCCACACUUACGAUUCGUGCUCUGCAAAAGUCUGAUUUCGGCGAGUAUGAGUGUCGCGUGCAAAGUUUUUACUAUUUGAAUGACAAAAGUUCCAAAUGGGCACAAAAACCUUUAAUAAAAGAGACCUACCUUAUUGGUAUAAAUUCUCUGGAGGAAAUCGAGGCAAGAACGAUUCUGUUCAGUCGGGAAGUGGGAAAUUUAAUCGCGUCUCGCAAAUUCUUUUGGUACCACACAUUUGAAGACAUUUCUGAAGUUAGAAUUGAAUAUACUAUAAAUUGCCAACCUGUUGAUGUAACUUGUCCAGGUUAUUCUACUCUCAUGUGUUCUUUUGGAGCUCAGGUUGUAAAUUUUAAUAUUUAUAUGUUUGAGAAAAUUGACCUUCCAAUCAUUGAUAUCGUGGAGCUCAAAGGAGCAUCACAAUUAAAGGCUGCAGUUAUCCAUUACUGCAUGUGUCCCAGCGCAUUCGGAAUACAUCGUGUAAAUUUUAUUCGCUACGUGAAUGAUUCAACAAGGAAUAAGUUUGUUUUGAUGGACAUUCAACAUCCAUUCGUUCUCGUCGUUCUACCACGAUCAGCACCAUCGUUUUUCCGUUUCUCUGAUGAUACGGCAGUUUAUGCUGGAAUGAAAGAACUCGUACGCUCAAAUCAGCCGCUGGAAUUUAUAGAAAUGAAAUUUGAAUCGCUCAUAGGAUUUAUUAGUGCAAAUGAGCAGAAGUUACUUUUAAUUGCAAAUUUUAUUCAAAACGCUAUUUUUGUUUGUUUGGUGGUUAUCUUAUGCAUAGUUGUCAGAUACAUGUCAAGUGUUUACUUUACUUAUAUUUUACGUAAACCAGUCAGACGCAUUUUGUAUCGCCUGCCUAAUAUUAAGUACAUGCCUACGUUAGAAGAUUUUGUUUACGAUGUAUACAUCUCACAUUCUGAGCAGGAAUACGAAUUUGUGACACAGACACUUCUACCAUUUUUGCAGGAAGAUGUACAUGUUAAUGUGUGUUUCACAGCAAGUGACGCAAUUAACCCCAAAGAACACAUAUCCAUGAGUUCUUCAGGUCUAUUAAUCAGAGUCGUAAAAUAAUAGUUAUUUUAUCUCAAGAGUAUCAUGAUGAGAAAUUAUGUGAAGACCUUCAGCUGCAACACAUAAUUUUGCCACUGACGUACGAGAAUAAACGCCAAAGCC